AUCACAUACAUCUCCCUUCCAAAGCUAUCGGAUACGUCAGCUAUCUCUUGAGAAUGCCUGCCACACGGAGAUCCUCCGGGACAAAAGCCCCUACGACGGCCCAAACCGUCAACCAUGUCGCUCGACGACAAUCUCCAGCGAAAAAGACCAAGACAAUCGAAGACAUGAUCCCCCUGACCUGCACGCCCUACUUCGUCCCGCCUGGACCCCCAUCCAUCCCGGAGGCAUCAUCAUCAUCAUCAAGCAGCAAGGCCGGACCGACGGAUCUGAGGAGACGGACGUUGAAGGGCAAGGACAAGGCGGUGGAGGGGGAGAGACAGCCGUUGGUUGGAUUGAGUGCGGAUGAUAAGAACAGGCUGUUGCAAGAGCUCAUGGGAUUCCAUCCUCGAACGGUGGUGGAAGAUAUCAGCGAAGCGUGUAGGAAGGAGAUCUACAGCAUAACCAGCACGAUCAGCAACUGGGUUGAUAGUAACGGGUUCAAGGAGACUGCGGAGGAGGCAGCCGAUGCGGAACAAGGACCGUACAAGCUAGAGACACUGCUCGAAUCGCACAUGGAUCCGGCUUUCGAUAGGUUUAUCGCAUGGUGUUUGCGAAACCCUUUCCACAUCCCGGACGACCUGAGGUUGGUCCUACCAUGGCAUAAGGAUCUCGACUUUGAUCGAGCGAGCUAUGUAGCCGCGUUGCCUAGCGGGGAAGCUGAUGUGCAGGAGAAGAUCGACGACUUGCGAGCUCAGGUGGUAGAGAUGCGGAAACUCAAACAUCAACUGGAUUUGGCCAAUAAGAAGCUGGACAAGCAGGUCAAGGGGCUGGAGCUGGAGAAACAAGCUGCCGGUUUCGUCCUCGAGCUAGCCGAAGAGAGCGGUCUCGCUCCUCUUCCUCAAGCCGCAGAUGCACUGGAGAACAUCUUGAACACCCUCGCUACCAAGCUCGAACCUUUUGGAGACACCGUACCUACUCCCCGACCCGUCCAGACUCUCCCGGAUUCGAACGCGCCGCCGGGCGGUCCCGAGCACAAGAUCUGGGAACAAGGUCGAGCGGCGUACCUCAACUGGGCCGCUUCUGGAGGUGCUGGGUCUGGGUCUGGGCCGAGUACGGAUGGGGUGGGUGAGACAGACAAGGCAUCUAGGGAGAAGGCGGAGCUGGAUCGAAUGAAGGGCGAAGUCCAGGUCGUGGCGGAUGCGGACGAGUUGGGCAAGCUGCAAGACGUCCUCAGCGCGAGUUGAUGGAGGGAGGGGGCUCGCACAGGCACUGGUUAUCAGAUUACGGGCGUUGUGAUGGGAUUUGUAUUCGAUUCGGAUCGUGUAGUGUACAGCGGCGAAAUACAACGGACCCUAUGUCGACCGGCUUUCGGCCCGUCCUUUACCCUAUAAUUCAGAGUUCAUGUUUAACCUGCC